GACCAUGGAGCGCCUCACCCUGGAGGACGCAGGCUCCUAUGGGUGCCGGGUGGACACACCAUGGUACGAAGGCUUUGUCCCGUUCUUCGAGGUUGAGGUGGCCGUGCAGCCAGAUUUGCCACCAGCAACCUCAGGGACACUUACAAGUGUCACGACAGCGAAGACCUUGACAACCACAAGCAGAGCCCAAGCUGCACUGUCCACCAGCCUGGCCACAGAGAGUGCCACCCCUGAUCCCAGGAGCCAGGACCUGUACCAUGGCCAGGGCCCAGGGUAAGCGUCCUGUCCCUGACUGGGGUCUUCUCCACGGGGGCUGUGUGGUCACUCGGGGGAGGGUGUCACACCCCUGCUGGCCCAGGCCUGCUGACCCUUGGCCCCAGGCCCAGGUUGGAAGCUGCACUCUGUGUAACCUGGUUUGGGUCACUGAGGCCACCACACUGGACCUGCCCCAGGCUUCAAGGGAGGCUCAGACCAAGGAGGGGCUGGCAGAGGGGAGGCAAGUGUCCAACAAUGAGGGCUGGGGCUGUCCUGCCGGAUGCCCAGAGCCCCACACACUGUCGUCCGUGGCUCCUCACGAUGACCCCAACUUGGUCCCAUGCACAUCUAACAGACUGCAAGGAGAGGUUGUGUCACCUGUCACAUGGGCACAGGUGUGGGGCUGGGCUGGGCCUGCAUGACCCCACAGUCUGGGGGUCUCCACUAUAAUUUGAGUGGGUCUCUAUCUGGGGGUGUCGUCAACCUCACAGAGAAUCUGAGCACAUCUGUGGACUCCUCAGAAAAAUGAGAGCAGGCACAGGCCAUUUCUGGGGGUCAUGGCCUCCCCACUCUGACCUCACCCAGGAGGCAGUUGGCUCCUCGUGCUGACCACUGCAGUCCAUGCAGUCCCACAGGUUAAGGGCUCUGAACCCAGGACCCCACCCGAAGACACCAGCUGCACUUUGGGGCAGCCCAGGUCCCAGCACGUCUGACUAACUGGCUGCAAACGUGGGGCUCCCGUGGCCCCUGGGGGUCCGUGAUUCAUAGACUCAGAGCUCUGCAAAAUAAUACGUAAGAAUACGGCCAUUCCCUCCCUAUAAAGGCAAGGUGGAGGAGAGCGUGCUCUUGGUGAUUCCAGGAUAUAGAACAGGGUGUCUGUGUGCGCACAGGCCUUUGUGAAAGCAGGCUUCUGGUGUGUGUGUGUGUGUGUGUGUGUGUGUCCGUGCAUGCAGACACCUGUGUGUGCACACACAGCACACCUAUGUUGUUCCAGUGUCUCCGUGGACCCCACUGUAACAGUCCAGGUCUAGAACCUUCCAGGAGUGGGGUGGGACUGGCUGUUGGGUCCCUG